AUGGCUUCAAGGAAUCUCACCAGGGUGACUGAGUUCAUUCUCAUGGGAGUCUCAGACCUUCCCGAGCUCCAAAUCCCCCUUUUCUUUGUCUUCCUGGUAAUCUAUGGAAUGACCGUGACAGGGAACCUUGGCAUCAUCAUACUCACCAGUGUUGACUCUCGACUUCAAACCCCCAUGUACUUUUUCCUCAGACACUUGGCGAUCAUCAAUUUCAGCAGUUCUACCAUCAUUGCCCCUAAAAUGCUGACCAAUUUCUUAGUAAAAGAGAAAAUCAUCUUUUAUUAUGAAUGUGCCACCCAAAUGAGUGGGUUUUUGUUUUUCAUUAUAGAUGAAGUUUGCAUGCUAGCUGUGAUGGCCUAUGACCGCUAUGUGGCCAUUUGUAAUCCCCUGCUCUAUAUGGUGGUGGUAUCUCCACAGAUCUGUCUUCUCUUGGUAUCCCUUGUAUAUAGCUAUAGCUUUUCUACAACUAUUGUGGUUGCCUCUUAUGUAUUCUCUAUGUCCUAUUGUUCUUCCAAUGUCAUCAACCAUUUUUACUGUGACACUGUUCCCUUGCUAGCAUUGUCCUGCUCUGAUACUUAUUUACCAAAAACAAUCAUCUUUGUUUCUGCUGGUGCAACUUUGGUUCUCUCCAUGUUAACAGUUUUAGUAUCCUAUUCCAACAUCAUCUUGUCCAUUCUUAGGAUAAGGUCAGCCGAAGGAAGGAAAAAAGCCUUCUCCACUUGUGCUUCACAUAUAAUGGUGGUCACGAUUUUCUAUGGAACAUUACUCUUCAUGUAUUUACAGCCCAAAUCUGAUAGUUCAUUAAAUUCUGAUAAAAUGGCAUCGGUGUUUUAUACACUAGUGAUCCCUAUGCUGAAUCCUAUGAUCUACAGCUUGAGGAAUAAAGAUGUGAAAGCUGCCUUCAAGAGAUUCCUGUCAAACCCAUGCAAUUCCUUUAAACCAAUGUAA